UAUUUUUCUCAGAGACACGUAUAUGACGACCACAUGUACAUUUUCAUUCGACGAUUUGGAUAAUUUCGAGGCCUUUUCAUCAAGACUUGUUGCAGCCUUUUCAGGUGGAUAUAUUAAUUUAUUCAUUGGCGAUCCAACUUGCUAUUGGUCAGUUUGUUCGCUGAUAUAUUUGCCGUUAACGGUGCUGGCCUUUCUAAGAGAGCAACCAACUCGUCUACUCGACAGAAAACCGUCUAAAGUGUCUCUUUUUUGCCUCUUGGGGGUUUCCAUGCCUCUUCUAAGGAAAGACUGAAACAGUUAGUGCGGCGAACACUUGUGACUUUUCGAUGAAGGACGACGAAAUGGUGAAAGCGCACUGCCGUGAACAAUGCAAGUGGAUCCUUCUUUUAAUUUGGUGAUCUUAGGCUGAUCGACAUCUGCCGGAUAUUUGGUCAUAUUUAACGUAGAAAUUAUAAUGUCUGAAAAGAGCAGUCAAAACCCCACUGAAGAAGAAGACAAAAUUUGGCCUGAGGAUGCAGCACCGCCCAGCUAUGACUCACUGUUUGGGCAAAUCAAAGAAGCUAAGGAGACUUCUGAUGGUUCAUUUGAUUUCUGCAAACGAGUUGUACAGCUCUUUGCUGGAACAAUUGGCUGCACCAUUGCCUUGAGUUUAUUGAUGGCACUUCCAAUUGCCAUGGUCAUUAUGGGUGCUAAGUAUAAGGAUGAUUGUCCUGUGGAACCCUUCAUUCCAAUUUACCUCAUUGUGGGAGGAUCAUUUGGAAUGUUGAAAACCAUUAUAGUCCUUUGUCAACGAGCCAGGACUCAUGAAGAUGACUUGGACAUGGAUGAAGAUCAAUCCAUGUCCACAAAAUUUAUUGACGGCGUUUUAAAUCUAUUCUUGUUCACAUGGUUUAUUGCCGGAAACAUCUGGGUAUACAGCAAGUACCGACCAAAUCCAACUCCGCCACCAGGCGAUCCACUUAACUAUUGCAAUCCAACACUUUAUUUGUUUGCAUUUUGGGUGAUCACAGCCAGUUAUAUACUGAUGGGCUCAAUUUGUUUCUGUAUAUGUUGUCUAGGAGUGUGUGCAAGCUGUACAGCAUUCUUUGUUACCGCAAAAGAGUGAGAAAUUUAAAUUUUUUGAGGACAGGUUGUUGUUAUUUAAGGAUCAGAGAGAUAGGAUAAGUUGGGAAGACAAGGAAUGCCAUUUUCUAGUGUUUUUCUGGCAUAAGAAAAAAAAUGUAAAGCUUCUAGUUUUGGUGCAGUAAUAUUUAAGGUUGACAACCACAUUGUUAAGGGUAAGAACUUUAUUAAAGAGCAAGCACAUUAAACUUGCUAAUACAGGAAAAGAAAUUACUUCAUAUUACUACAAAUUGACUGAAAAUCUGGUUUAAAACUGAAAGUUAUGUAGGUUUUAUUUAAACAGGGUUGUCAAAAGGAUUUUGAGUGACCAGACUGUGAUACAAAGUAGCUGGUACUAAACAGUUUUAAUUCCAUUAAUAACAUGCUUCCAUACUGAAAUUUUACUCCCCACCCUUCCAUGGCUGAGGUUUUUUUUUAGAGUUAAAGGUGGAUUGCACUGGUUGCCAGCUUAUUUUGACAACCCUGUUAAUAUGUUUGUAUGCUCAAUAUGGUCUUAAUGGGAUGCACAAGGCUCCCUGUUGGUAAAUACUCUUAUACAAACCAUUCAUGCAAUUGAUAGAUUAAGUUCAGCAUAAAUUGGAAGCAUCUUUUGAGGGAACACAAGUCAGUGUUGUAAACUCUUGAUCAUUCA